CUGCAAUCGCAGCAUGUGCUGCUAAGUUAUUUUUUAGUACUAUUUUGAAGAACACAUUUUUUAUAUUGUGCCGCGUUCAUACAGUUUUACAGUUGAACACAAUGAAACGAUUAACGGACGAACGUACAAAAAUUCUCUUCGAGAAGCUUGCCAAAUACAUUGGGCCAAAUGUGCAACAAUUAAUUGAUCGCCCCGAUGGUACAUAUUGUUUCCGCGAGCAUCGAGACCGCAUUUACUAUGUCUCCGAGCGCAUCUUGAAACUAAGCGAGUGCUUCGGCUACAAGCAGCUCGUCUGCGUCGGGACCUGCUUCGGCAAGUUCUCCAAGACGAACAAGCUGAAGUUCCACAUUACGGCCCUCUAUUAUUUGGCACCCUAUGCGCAGUACAAGAUUUGGGUGAAGCCCUCUUACGAGCAGCAGUUCCUCUACGGCAAUCACAUCCCCAAAUCGGGACUGGGUCGCAUCACGGAGAACGCUGGUCAAUAUCAGGGCGUCAUUGUGUUCUCCAUGAGUGAUCUGGCACUGGGAUUUGGGGUCCUCGCACGCUCCACAACUGAGUGCAAAACUGCUGAUCCUCUGACCACGGUUUGUUUUCAUCAAUCGGAUAUUGGCGAAUAUAUUCGAGCCGAGGACUCGCUGUUUUAGCAAAGUUGAAUUAAUUAAUUAGCCUUUAGACCUAUUAAUUAUUAACGACUAACAUUAAAUAUUGUCUAGAAUUUUAAAAUCCAAAUACAAAAUCAAACUCAAAAAUAAGCGAAAUAAAAAACAAAUCACGGCGACUGUGAAAUAAUCGAUAGUUUUACCACAAGCAAAGCAUC